AUGACCAAUGUGCGUACAUUACGAGAUAUCAAUAAAGGUCAUCGACUUGGUAGUAUGUAUGAGGAAGAGCUGGAAAACAAGUUAUAUACUGCUCUCAAAUCUAAAACCGAAGUCAAUGAUCUUAGCGAGAAAUUACAGAAUAAAUACUCUAAACAAGUGAAGGAUUUUGAUCGGGAAAGAAAGCAAUGGGAAAGUGCUUUUGAUAAUGUUAAUAGUGAUAAACAGAAGUUACAUACCCACGCUUCAGAACUUAUUGGUGAGACUAAGCGGUUGAAAAUUGAAAAUACUAACCUUACCUCUGAGAAUAUUCGUAAAGAUCUUUCUCUUGCUGAAUCCAAGGCUGAGAAUGUUACAAAAUCCAAGAAAACCAAAUCACUCGAGUCUGUGAUCAAGAUAUUGAAAAGUAAGUUGUCUUCAGCCCAGAAAGAUGUGAUUUCGAUUCAAAACGACUCAUCGAAAAAAGAAUCCGAGAUAUUAUCCCUCAGGUCUAAAAUAGCUGAAGUAGAACAUGAGUUAGCUUCAAAGGUCAGUGAACUUGACUGUCUGAAAUUGGAGACUAUAUCAAAACCCGUCGUUGGUGGAGAUGUUGAAAAAAAUAUGCAGAGCGAUGAACAAAGUUCCAUAACCAAGUCUGACAAUAUAUCUGCAAUUAGUGAACCUAUCAAAAAUCUCAGUCAAUAUUUUAUACGUAACAAAAAUAUGGAUCAAGUUAGAAAAAUCGAUGGUAAUAUCUCGGAUCAUACUAGACAUGAUGGGAUUACUGAACCAUCAAAAGUCGAUACUGAGAUCAGCUCUAAGAUAAAUGAGGAAACUAACAUUAACAAAAUUA